GUAGUGCGUAUUCAAAUGCAGAACAGUUCGCAUGGACGUGUAUAUUUUUUACCGUGUGUGCUUUCCCAAUCAUUCUACCAAUGCGGGAUUCGCAAGCACUCUUUCGUACAGCUGGUUCAUCGUGGGUGGACCGUUGAGGAGGGCCAAUGGCCAUGGCAUGUCGCCAUUUUCCAUAAACAGAAAGGCAAUUCUGGAGAUUAUGCAUGCGGUGGAACAUUGCUGGAUGAGAAGCACGUUUUGACUGCAGCGCAUUGUGUCGUGAAUCGUAACACUGGAUAUAGCUUACAACCCGCUAUCUUCAAACUACAUUUUGGCCAGCAGAAUUUGUCUACGGUGAAUGCUAAUGUACAGAUUCGAGAUGUCCGAAAAGUGCACGUACAUCCUGAACAUUCCACCCAUCGGAACGAUAUAGCGAUACUAGAGCUGAGGCUGCCUGUGCAGUACACAGAUUAUGUUAUUCCUAUAUGCAUCGACCAAAAGGCCGACAUAGAUUUGCGUAACCUAGAAGGUCAACGUGGAUGGAUUACGGGAUGGGGCACGACUCACACAGGAUCGAUUUCGGAUGUAUUACAAACGGCAUCACUACCAGUUGUGAGUUAUCUACAGUGCUUCAACGAUCAUGAAGUAGUAUUCGGGAAUCUCCUGAAUCAGAAUGUCUUUUGCGCAGGUGAUCGCAAUGGAACUAGUCCCGGCACAGGAGACAGCGGGGGCGGCUUGUAUUUUAGCGAUGGGGAUCGCUGGGUUCUUAGAGGUAUCGUAUCAUUUGCAAAAGCAGAUGAACUGAAAAAAGAGGUUGAUACCUCAAAGUAUGUGAUAUUCGUUAAUGUGCAGCGUUUCUUAACGUGGAUCAAGGAAGUAAUUAAAGAAAAUGAAUCACAAUCAAGUAAUGUUCCGAAACGCAUAAGUGAGAAAGAAUGUAACAGAUUCAAGGGUUUGGCCAGAAAACGACGUAACGACAUUUGCGAUAACUCUAGGUAUCCUCAUACGGUAACUCUUAUCUACAACGAUGAUGUCGCCAAGUGCAAUGGUGUUCUGGUGAAUGAAAACUAUGUUUUAACAGCUUGCUAUUGCAAAAGCGAUGAAAAUAGACUUGCACCCAGAAAAAUUCAAAUCGACGCUUACGGUGUAGUUGGCGUUGAAAAAAUGGUUUGCUAUCCUCAUUAUAGAAGCGGAGUUGUGUAUAAUGACCUAGCCUUAAUUAAGCUGAAAACUCCUGUUGAAUUAUCCAGCAACAUUAUUCCAGCUUGCUUGGCUAGCAAUUGGACUGAGAAUCUCUAUGACACUCUUUUACAAACUGGUUAUGGUACCAGUACGUACUCAGGCAUCAAGAAAUUCAUUGAAUCAGAUGAGAACCAAGUCAUAACAAAAGAACGGUGCGAAGAAAUAAUACAUAAAUCAAGGCGACACAGCAGUGGGUCAUCCGGCAGUCCGUUGCAGUCCGUUAACACGCGUUCCUGCAUGUUCACAGUAGUUGGAAUUACAAGCUUCGGAAGUCAGGACAAUGAAUUAUACCGGAAGGGAAACGCCACUGUGGUCGAUGUUUAUACGCGCAUUUCGCACUAUCUGGAUUGGAUUGAGCACGUGGUGUGGAAUUUUGAACCACCAGUGACUUCCACUGUCGACACGCGACAGGAUGAAACAAUAACCACCAGUGAAUUGCCAUAUCGAACGGAUUUUGUGUUUCCAGAUAACUAAAUCAUAUAAAAUACUACGUUGGAAUAACAUUGUUUUUAUUCUUUGAAGA